AUAGUAGCUCCACCUAAUGUUUCGACUAUGAAACUAUUACCAUGAGUAGGAGUAACGUGAAUGAAGUUAUAAAACCAUUGUAAAGGGAAUAAACUGGAACGAAUAUUACGUGUGAUUGUGUGUUCGAUUUUCGAAAUGUCGAUUGCCUUUUCUGGAACCAGAACGCGAUCAAGUGGACUCAUAAGUGCAAUAGCAAAGCAAUUAAAGACCUUAAGUUUGAAACCAGUUCAAUCAAUUCACGUAAAAUUCGAUCCCUUCCUUGAUCAUGCUGUCGAAGUAAGACAUUUUCUCUUUCAAAUUACAACUCCAAAGAUUAUUGCAACAAAUCCUAAAUGCAUUGUGAAACCAGUAGUUACGUCUGAUUCGUCAGAUUCUACAAUUACAAUGAAAUUAGUGUCAGGUGACAGUGUGAUAUUCAAAGCUAAAAACUUGUCAGCACUAGAUAUGUUGCAACUUUAUAACAAACAUAUCACAAGUUUGUUACCGCCACCUGAACCUGAGUACCCAGAAGUUGUAGAGAAAAUUAAGAAAAAAAGGAAAAUGACAUUUAAGCGAGAAGGGAAACGUAGAGGAGUAUUUUUAUAAGUUUAUAAAUAGCUUUACAACAUGGUUUAUGUAUUAGUUUAAAUAUUUGAAGAAAAUUUGAUAUAAACUCAAGUGCAGGUUAAAGAAUAAAGAAUCUGCGAAGUUUGCAGUGAAAUAAAUCUUAUCCUUUAUUUUAAUGAAAUAUAAGCGGAAUUUUCCUUUUAUUUACUUGUAAGAUAUUACAGAAAUUAAACAUAAAUUGUGAAUUCAUAAAGGGGAUUUAAUCAUGAUCCAUUUAUUGAAAAUUGUUUGCAUGCAUUAAUACUGAAUGUCUGUGCUAUAAUAUGAAUGAUUAUUUUAUAAGUUUAUUCCAUAAUAUUGUUUAUAUGAAAUGUU